AUGAAAGUCACCAUCAAGGAGUGGAACGCAGUCGCCACUUGGCGAUGGGACAUCCCAGAAGACGAUGUUUGUGGUAUUUGCCAGGUUCAUUUCGAUGGCACCUGUCCUACAUGUAAAUACCCAGGCGACGACUGCAGUUUACUGUCUGGCAAAUGUGGCCACAAUUUUCACAUGCACUGCAUCAUGGAGUGGAUUAAGCAGGACUCUGCUCGCGGGCAAUGCCCCAUGUGCCGACAAACCUUUGAAUGGGUCGAUCAAGCCAAUGAGAACACGUCGUCAGGAGAACCGUGA